AACACAUUCCAGAGAGAGAGAGACAGAGAAAGAAAGAGAGACAGAGAUAGAAAGAUAAAGAAUAGUGAUCAGAUCAAAAAGAGUGAAAAAGGUGUCUGGAGUUUGAGAUCAAAGAUGGUGAGAGCUCCUUGUUGUGAGAAGAUGGGAAUGAAGAAGGGGCCAUGGACUCCUGAAGAAGAUCAGAUUCUCAUCAACUAUAUUCGACAAUACGGCCACGGCAACUGGCGGGCUCUUCCCAAACAAGCUGGUCUACUGAGGUGUGGGAAGAGUUGCAGACUCCGCUGGACAAAUUACCUGCGACCGGAUAUAAAGCGAGGAAACUUCACCAAAGAAGAGGAGGAAACUAUCAUCAAGCUUCAUGAAAUGCUGGGCAACAGAUGGUCAGCGAUCGCAGCAAAAUUACCGGGAAGAACAGACAACGAAAUAAAAAAUGUCUGGCACACACAUCUCAAGAAGAGGCUCAGGCAAUAUCAGACCACCACAAACACCAAAAGGCCGUCUACUGGAGUACCCAAGCGCGAUACCAACACGCCCAAAGAGUCACACUCCGUGAAUUUUCCGAUAAUUCCAGCAUUCGAAAAUCCGGUCUAUCCGCCGGUGUCAUCUCCACAACAGUCCUCCAGUGAAUUGUCUUCGGUUACAGAAUCCUCAGUUAUAACAGGCGAAAACCAGAACACGGGAAUCAAGGAUGAACUUGUCGAGUCUUCGGAAACUUUUCCUGAAAUCGAUGAAAGCUUCUGGUCGGGAGCAUUGUCAGCAGAAAAUUCCGGCAUUCCCGUUGAUUAUCCGGCAACUACGACCGAUAUAGGAUCACAAUUUCAAUACAAUCCGGUCUAUACAACGGAACCCAUUUCUGCUUACAAUUGGAAUAACACGGAUGACGGCAUGGAUUUUUGGUAUAACCUUUUCAUAAAGGCGGGAGAGUUUCAAGAGCUGCCGGAGCUCUGAUCACAAUUUUGGUUGCAUUUUUUGUUUCUGUCAUGUACGGGAGAGGAAUUCAAAUUCUUGGUGUUCGAUGUUCGACAGUUGGUAAAAGGGAAAGAAAUUUCAAGGGAACAGAAUUAUCGAAUCCUUGACAAAGCGAAAGCCUGACUGGUCGUCAGUGGUGAGGAUUUGGAGAAGUAUAUGCUUUGAUGACGAGGAAACACCCCAAAAGUGAAAAAGAGAAGAAAAGUUGACUUGGGAGACUUGUGUACAGCGAUUGAUUGCAUGGAUUGGAUUGGAGAUAGACAAGAAAUGCAAUUACAGGGAGGGAGAUAAUUCAUAUACAUACAAACUAACAUCUUAAUUUAAAGCCAGCUUCUCUUUUUCAUUUAUGUGAUGUAAUAUUGUAACCCAAUAAAACAAAAUCAAGCGCCCAUCAAAUCUCUUCUACCCAGACUCUCAUGUUACCUCCUAAUUUGGGCCUUUAAUUAACCUUUGUACUUUUAUUUAUGAUGAUAGUGACGAUUAUGGUGUUAAGUGGAAAUGUGUAUUCUCCUCAGGGUCUUAUCUUA